GAUAAGUACGUGUGGUAGAGUGGAACUUUGCCAUCUGCACCAUUUUAAUUAACUCUUUCUCCUUAUCAAGUAACCUUCCCUCUGCUUCCAGCCCCUUCAUUCCAAACCUCUCUUUUUUUGCUCAUAAAAGAUCAAUGGCAUCUUGGUUGUUGGGAACGUCUAGGAUCUUAACUCAUCAUAAACACCUUCACAAAACCCUCCCCUCCUUCUUCUUAGCUUCUUCUUCUUCACCCUUCUCACGUCAUGAAUCCACCAAAGCUCAGGCACAAUUGGAAAUAUUGGACCAUGAUGUCACCGGCGAUUACUCUACUCAGGUGAUUGAUUUUCCAGGAGGAAAAGUUGGAUUUACUUCUGAAAUGAAAUUUAUUUCCGAGUCUGCUCAGAAAAGGGUGCCCUGUUAUCGUGUUCUUGAUGAUAAUGGCCAGCUCCUUCAAUACAGCAACUAUGUACAGAUUAGCAAGGAAAUUGCUGUGAAGAUGUAUUCUGACAUGGUCACUCUUCAAACUAUGGACAGCGUACUCUAUGAAGUGCAGAGGCAAGGUAGAAUUUCCUUCUACCUCACCUCAAUGGGGGAAGAAGUAGUUAACAUUGCAUCCGCAGCUGCACUUUCUCCUGAUGAUGUCAUAUUGCCUCAGUACCGGGAACCUGGAGUUCUAUUGUGGCGUGGUUUUACACUGCAACAAUUUGUUCAUCAAUGCUUUGGAAACACACAUGAUUUUGGGAAAGGCAGGCAAAUGCCUAUACAUUAUGGCUCUAACAAGCUCAAUUACUUCACAGUGUCAUCCCCCAUUGCAACACAACUUCCUCAAGCUGUAGGCGCUGCUUAUUCCCUUAAAAUGGAUGGGAAAAGUGCAUGUGCUGUCACUUAUUGUGGGGAUGGUAGUACCAGUGAGGGAGAUUUUCAUGCAGCUAUGAAUUUUGCAGCAGUAAUGGAUGCCCCUGUUGUUUUCAUCUGUCGUAACAAUGGAUGGGCCAUUAGCACACCUGUAGAAGAACAAUUUCGAAGUGAUGGCAUUGUAGUCAAAUGUAAAGCUUAUGGCACCUGGGGUAUCAGAGUAGACGGAAAUGAUGCUCUUGCUGUUUAUAGCGCGGUUCACACUGCUAGAGAAAUAGCUAUAAGAGAAAAAAGACCAGUUUUAAUUGAGGCUCUCACUUAUAGAGUAGGACAUCACUCUACAUCUGAUGAUUCAACUAAGUACCGGCCAAUUGAUGAGAUUGAAUAUUGGAAGAUGGAAAGGAAUCCUGUGAAUAGAUUCAAAAGAUGGGUAGAAGGGAAUGGUUGGUGGAGUGACAAAGAUGAAUUGGAGCUUAGAAGCGGUAUUAGGAAGCAGCUAGUGCAAGCGAUUCAGGUGGCAGAGAAAGCACAAAAGCCUCCACUUGAGGACAUGUUUAAUGAUGUCUAUGACCAAAUACCAUCAAACCUUCAUGAGCAAGAGAGACUACUUAGAAAUACCAUCGAGAAGCAUCCCAAAGAUUAUCCUUCUGAUGUUCCAUUGUAGAUAUUGUCAAUUCAAACAAGAAAUUGUACUAAAUCUGAUUAUCAAAAUGUAUAAAGGGAUCGGAUUUUCUUAUGUAAUGGUAUCUUCUAUUUUGAAGCUUCCAAUGACUUUCACAAUUAAAUUAGUUUCUCGUGGAGAA